AUGGAGGAUCCAACUCAAUAUGUAGAAAAUGAAAAUGAGUCAGUUGAUAUGAAUUUGCUUGAAAGCCCUACACUCUUUGCCCGUGAAGAUGGUAACCCCCAAAAUAUUAAGGAUGCUACUUCUACGGCUAGUGCAACUAGUGUGACUUCUAAGGACCCCCUUGAUCACGCAUAUGAAAGGAAGACAAGGAAAAAGACUUCAGUUGUUUGGAAAGACUUCUCAAUAAUAGAGUUACCUAGUGGUGAGAAGAAGUCACAGUGCAAGUGGUGUAAGGUAUUACUCACCAUAUCGAGAUCAAGUUCUACUGAUUGGCUUCUCCAAAAACGGGUCUUAAACUUUUGUAAUGUACCACCUCCGCAUAAUGGUUUAAUUAUUGUUGAUACUUUACAAAAGUGUUUUGUUGAUUGGGGUAUUGAAAAUAAAGUAUUUACGGUGACAUUCGACAAUGCCAAAGCUAAUGAUGUUGCCAUUAGAAUUCUCAAAGAUGAUUUUCGAUUGAGAAAACUCUUAACUGUUGGGGCAUUCGAUGGAAGAUUGAAACAAUUCAGUGAAAUUACGAAACAAUUACAAUUACCUUCUAAAAAACUUAUAUUAGAUGUUCCCACUCAAUGGAAUAGUACAUACUUGAUGUUGGUGACUACUAUGGAAUUCAAGGAAGUGUUCCCUAGAUUUCAAGAUAGGGAUCAAAAUUUUCAAUGGGUGACCAACAUCGUAUCUGGAAGCGUCUAUCCAACUUCUAAUUUGUUUCUUCCUAAGAUAUGGAGGAUGAAAGAAGUAUUGACUGCGAAAAAUGUUGAUAGAAAUGAAUAUAUUCAAGCAAUGACAAAAAAGAUGAAUGAGAAAUUUGAGAAAUAUUGGGGUGAAUGCAAUUUGUUAAUGGCAAUAGCUGCGGUAUUGGAUCCAAGAUACAAAAUGGUGUUGAUAAAGUUCUGUUUUCCUUUAAUUUAUCCCGAAUUUGAAACUUCUCAGAAUAUUGAUCUUGUUUUUAAAGUUUUACAUGAGUUAUAUGAUGAGUAUGUCCAAGUUCAUAAUUCAAUAGCUAUGGGCCAAACUAUGCAGAAAAAUAUUAAUGUAAGUUCUUUAAGCAGAUCUACCAAUAUUUUUGCACGAACUAUGCCAAGUGGGCAGUCAAUGUUCCAAUCUUUCGUUAGAAGUGUUGACACUUUUCAGCCUAUUAAGUUGGACUUGGAUGUAUAUUUGGAAGAGGGUGUUUACAUAUGUGAGGAAGGUACUGAUGCAAAGUUUGAUGCUUUAGAAUGGUGGAAAGCCAAUAAUCUUAAAUAUAAAAUCUUAUCUAAGAUGACACGUGACAUAUUAGCAAUUCCUAUAAGUACAGUUGCUUCAGAGUCCACAUUUAAUGCUGGUGGUAGAGUUAUCGAUUCAUAUCGAGCAUCUUUGUCAAUUGAAACAGUUCAAAUACUACUAUGUGGAACAAAUUGGGUUAGAGCACGCCAUGGAAUUAAGAAAGAACUAAAAGAGGAGUUGGAAUUGGCAGAAAUUAUAUUGCCAUAA